AUGCCGAUUCCUCCAUGGAUAGAUCCAACCAAACCGAUCUCUGUUAAAUUAUUUUCCCAGCGUCUCCACCAAGCAUGGCUUGGUACGCGAGGCAUAACUGUCCCUGGGAAAAACAAUGAAGAUAGCCUGCUUCAGUUGCUGAGCACGUCUGUGACAUCCCUCGAUAAUGCCCAGGCUGAUGGAAGUUCACCGACCCUACCGCGUAGGAUUGGUAUUGCUGUCAGUGGCGGAGCUGAUUCUAUGGCUUUGGCAUAUCUAUGUGGACAGCUUGAACAUCAAAAUUUGAACACCAGGAGGCAAAAACUCACACCACGGGCAUCAAUAUCUGUGACUGCGUUUGUAGUUGACCAUAAGGCCCGCAGAGAAAGUAGUGAAGAGGCCAAGACUGUAGCCGGAUGGCUAUCAAAGAUGGGUAUCACAACCCAGAUUCUGGAGCUAGAUUGGUCUUCAUUAUCUAAAACAGAAAACCCUUCAGCCGAGCUUAAUGGCGAGAUAUCAAUGCCAUCGGCCUUUGAAACUCAUGCUCGCCGAUUAAGGUACCGAGCCCUUGGCAAGGCUUGUCGAGAACGAGGUAUAGAGGCCCUGCUCUUGGGCCACCACCAGGACGAUUCAGUCGAGACAGCCAUUUGGCGACUUUCCUCUGGGGCCGGACUUUUCGGCCUUAGUGGCAUUCAAAAGAAUAGUCGAAUUCCAGAAUGUCAUGGCCUCUUUGGCAUUUCUGAGAGCGGCUCCUCGGAAACAGUUUGGACAAAGCAAGCCACGGUUCAACCGGCCUUUAUAAGAGAAAAAUCCAUUUCGCGCCCUAAGCCAGCCUCUUCACAGGCGGAUAAGCCCACUGAUCAUAUCCUUACGGACAUCGUACAGGCGCUCAGCAAGAACCGUCCUGACAGCAGAAUGCAUUAUACUCCCGAAAAUCUCGAAUACGGGCAAAACGGUGCUGCAGGUGCCAACGAUAAUGUACUAAAUUUAACCGACAAAGACAUGUCCUCCCUACCUACCUCCAUUGCUAGAGGAGGAGUCUUUCUCUGUCGGCCUCUUCUGUGUUUCCCCAAGACUCGCCUCAUCGAGACCUGUCAUCGACAUGACGUACCCUACGUCUCGGAUCCGACUAAUUUCGAUCCAACUUUAACGCCCCGCAAUGCGAUUCGCAGUCUAUUGGCUUCCAACUCUUUACCCCGUGCCUUACAAGCACCCCGCAUUAUCUCUUUGAUAAGUUCAAGCCAGGACCUUCUCGAAGACACAAAAACUCUUACAGACGCAGUGCUUGCUCAAUGCCAAAUCAAGCAACUCUAUUUGAGAACUGGGACUAUGACGAUUCAAUUCCCUAGAAUUCCUUCAUUAGAGAGCCUAUCCCCCACCAGGACCCGUCAAAUUCAGGCUAUGGCCCUCCGUCAUGUCACUGAGAUUCUAUCUCCCUUCCCUGGAAGUCAUUUCCCAUUACGGAGCUUUGAGCCAUUCGUCUCUCAAAUAUUCGGCCCCGAAGAAAAUAACAAAGCUUUUCCGAAAUCUAAACCCUUUACACUUGGUGGUGUGAUGUUCCAGCCUAUUGACUGGAAAUCAUCAGCACAAGGUGAACCCAUCACGUGGCAACUUUCAAGACAACCGUUCAUGAAAGGCCGAUCUCCAGUGAUGCGAAUAGAAGUUCCAAUCCCACCUGCAACACGCCCAACUUUCUCCGAGUGGAGUCUAUGGGAUGAUCGCUUCUGGUUCCGACUCUCUAUAAAGCCGGUCCAAUCUGAAGAAAACCAGGGCGUAAAGUUCGGAUAUCCGAUAGCCAUGCCAUUUGUUAUCCGACCAUUUGAAGAAUCUGAUCCUCAGAAAACUCGCGGCGGGCCUGGAAUGACCGUUCUUGCGCGUGUCAGUGCGCGUAACCAUGCGCGUAAGCUACAGAGCAUAUUUUCUCGAGAAGCUCCAGCGGCGUCUCGAUUCACGGUUCCUGUCUUGGAGAUCUUACAGUCUGGAGAUGAAAACAACGGACAGUUACUGGCGCUUCCAACUCUCAAUUAUCACUUUUUGGGUGAUCCAACUAAGAAUUCUGAUGCUAAUGAGAUGCAGAUCAAUUACAUAGGCACAAUGUGGUCAGUGAGGUGGCAAUGGAUGUACAAAAGGAUUGAUACUGACACACUCCGCCUCAUGGACGGGCUGGUAACAUUUGAAGCUGUCUAG